UCGCUGUGACAGUGCGGACUGCACUUUGCUCGGUGCGAGCUGUCAGUGAUACACAAUGUCCCAGCUGCUGCUGUCCGCGGUGCGGGCUGGUUCCGGCGGACGUGCUCUCCGGUGCUCCUGCUCGCUCCGUGCCGCCCGGGCGCUGCAUGGCUCCUCGUCCCGCAGCUCCCAGGGCCGCUCGCUGCUAAUGGCGGCCGGGGCGGCGAUGGUGGCCGGGCUGGCGGCUGGUUACAGCCAUUUCCAGCGGGCGGAGAUGGCCCCCAGGAGCCUGCCGCCGGUCAGCCCCCAGGGAGAGCUGGAGAGACGGUGUGAGGGCUUCAUGGCUCCCCCUGUCUCUGGGCUCCAGGAGCUGCAGGCACACCGCGCGGACAUGAAGACCCAGAUGGAGCUGCUCAUCAUGGAGACCCAGGCAGAGGUGUGCAGGGCCCUGGCAGCGGCUGAUGGAGGGGCCACAUUCAUUGUGGACAGCUGGCACAGGACUGAAGGUGGUGGAGGUGUAAGCUGUGUAUUGCAGGAUGGCAAUGUGUUUGAAAAGGCAGGUGUCAAUGUAUCUGUCGUUCAUGGUUACCUCUCAGAGGAGUCAAUUUUACAAAUGAAAAGCCGGGGGAAAAACCUCAAGACCAAAGACGGUAAGCUACCAUUCUGUGCCAUGGGAGUUAGCUCUGUAAUUCAUCCCAAGAAUCCUCACGUCCCGACAAUCCACUUCAACUACAGAUACUUUGAAAUAGAGGAGGAAGACGGUAACAAGCAGUGGUGGUUUGGAGGUGGCACUGACCUUACCCCGACAUAUCUGAACAAGCAAGACGUUGUGCAUUUUCACCAGACUUUAAAAGAUGCCUGUGAUAAACAUGGCGCUGGGUAUUACCCCCAGUUUAAGAAGUGGUGUGAUGACUACUUCUUCAUUAAGCAUCGUGGAGAACGACGGGGUGUUGGGGGUAUAUUUUUCGAUGACUUGGACUCUCCAACAAAGGAAGAGGUCUUUCAGUUUGUGGAAAGCUGUGCCAAAGCUGUAGUGCCAUGUUACAUCCCUAUAGUUGAAAAACACAAGAAUGAUUCCUUUUCGCCAGAAGACAAACUGUGGCAGCAGUUAAGACGAGGGCGGUACGUGGAAUUUAACCUUGUAUAUGACAGAGGGACAAAAUUUGGUUUAGCAACCCCAGGAUCCAGAAUUGAAAGUAUCCUUAUGUCCCUGCCAUUGACUGCCAGAUGGGAGUACAUGCAUUCCCCACCCCCAGAUUCCAAGGAGGCUGAAAUAUUGAAUGUUCUUCGAGAACCUAAAGACUGGGUGCAGUAGUGUCUGGUUUAAUUUCACUGGAAAUUUGAAGACCCCGAAUUGCAUGUUGCAAAUCUACAAAUGCCUUUUUCCAUCCUUUACCUUCUAGUUUCACAAUGAUGUUUAAUGUGACAAUUAUCUGGUGGUCUUGGUGUAUUGUAAUCUUUGAUCAGUUCCUUAUGGCCACUUUAUGGCCUGUAAACUAUCAAAGUGCAUACUGAGUAAUGCAAUUUACUAUUGAUUAGUAGUAUAAUCUCAUAUCUGUAGUCAGUGCCUUUUUAUUACAAAAAUACAAAUCUUUGUCAAGUAUUUUAUAAUAAUUAUAAAU